AUGAAAACUUUUUUUACAGAAGUAGACAGUAAGAGUGAUAAAUCACAUUUGCGAGAAAUCAAUCAGUUACUCUUGCGACUAAAUUUAGAAUCUCCUCGUACAUAGCUUGCCAUGAAAGAACUUAAUUUAACUAAAUAUGAUUGCUAACUUAAGUAAAAUAGUGCCCAAAUUAUCAUACAAGAACUUUGUCCAAUUUCUUACAUUAUCAUAAUGAAUCGAGAACCAUGUACUUAAACCAUUUACAAUAUCUCAAAGGUAGUCAAUAAUUCUAAGAUUUAAUUAGAUAAUCUCUCGAAUUUAGUGAAUCGCAGAAGAGAAAUUAUUGGUCCAUCCAUAAAAAUUGUAUAAAGAACACCUAAAUAAUUUAAAUAAUAUAACUUUGUUAAGAAAGUUUUUGAUCAUGAUCUCAAAAUGCUAUAUUAAUCUGAACUCUAAAUAAAAACAGCAUAACAAAAGAAUACUGAUAAAAUCUAUAGGUAAGUCGAAGAAAAAUUAAAAUCCAUCUCUUAUAAAGCAAAAUAGCAUAAUAAUAAAGUAGAAAGAAAACUAUCUUUAUUAAGAGAGAGAAGAAAACACGAACUUGAUGAUAGGCUAAGUAAAAGUUUAGAUUUUGAUUCUAAAUUUGAACCUAUUUAGAAGACCUUAUAAGAAUCAAAAAUGAAAUUCUAAAUUAUGAUGUAAUCUAAGACUCAAUAAACUUUGGAUUAUCAUAGAUAAAAAAAGAAGAAUAUAAUUGAAUAAGAAGAAUAAAGAAGAACUAAAUUAUAAUAUUCAAUGGAAACAUCUCAAAGAAGUACUUUCAUAAGAUAAGGUAUGGCUAGUUAAGAUAGAAUACAAUAGGCUUAAUUGAUAGAAUAGGAGCAGUAGAAUAAGGUGAUUCAGAAAAUAGGUAAUUAAGUUGAAAAAUCUAAUUACAUGACUUCUAAGAACUAGUAAGACAUAUAAAAGGCUCUAUAGAAAUUUAAAGAUGAAUAAGAUCGUAAAUUUAAUAAAGUGCAUAAAAAUCUAAAUUCAAAAACAUAGAUGUAAUCUUAAAGAGAAAGUAUGAUUAAUUAAGAAUUAUAAGACAAAAUAAUGUUCAGUAAUGUAAAAGCUAAAUAAAGAUUAGAUGAUAUUCAAUAAAAAAUGAAAUAGGUGGCUAUUUAGAAAUAAUAAAAAUAAUAAGAAUUAUUAAAUAAAUAUAUGAUAAAAAUGGAAAGAAGAAAUGAUAGAAUUAUGGAUAAACAUGUUAAACUUAGAUAAAAUCUUAAGAAAGACAGUAAUUCUCGUAAUUUAACUCAAUAACAACAUUAAUUAGUAAUUGAAAAAGAUGAAUUAAACUCUGAUAUUACAAAAGUAUAAAGAUUAGUAGUAAGCAAAUCAAGUAAAAAUAUAUAAGAAUUACUCAAUAAUUUAAGAUUCAAUUGA